AUGCAGGAGGAGUGUGUGUCUCUGCAGGUGUGUGUCAGUGUAGUUGGGGUGCUGGAGUGUGUAGUCUGCCGUUGUCUCGGUCCAGACGGUGGAAGUGUGCUGUUCACUUGGGACACAGAAGAAACUCUCAUCACCAGACAUGGACAGAGCCUUCUCAACACACUCCACCUGCUGCACCCCAUGGCCAGGAUUUUAAAAUAUUGAAAUUUUUCAGGAUUAUAAUGUGGAUUUAUCUGUGUGUGUGCACAUGCUAAAGCUACUGCAGACGACACAAAAUCAUUCCUGCUGGCCGCGCUGUUACGAGGAAUUCAGGACUCACACAUGCGCCGCAAAGGAUCUUGGAGCAUCCCUAAUCUUUAAAAUCUCGCUAAUUGCCUAUUGGCUGUGAGCAGGAAGGAAUUGGACGAUGUCGUAACACACAGAAUUACCCCAUAUGCCUCAUUGUACUGUAGUCACCAUAGUUACAACGAGGGCAGCGUUCUUGUUUUGUUGAUUGGCGGGUAUAUUUCUGGAAGAGUGGGGAUGCAGGCGGAUGUACUGAAACGAGUCCUGUCUGAGUUCUUUCAUCAAGUCAAUCGAGAUCAAAACGCAGUAGAAACGGUCUCAUUCAUGCCUGUGACUGGGCUUCCUAUUGGCUGUUCAGAGGUGAUUGAAGUCCUGGUUGUGACUUGUGAUUGGUCAGUGUGGACUGAACCAGCAGGAUCAGUAAAAGCCUUACAGGUGCAUGUGGUGCUAUCGUCCAUGAAGCAGCCAGAAAGUGUGUUGCAAUGGGUUCGAUUAAACCACAUUUCUCUACUAGAGUGUGUCAUCCUUUCUUUCAAACCAGCGCUGUAGUCCUGUAGACAUGUGCAACUCAAUGGGCAUUUCUAUGCGUGUCUGGGCAUGUUUUCACACACACACACACACACACACACACACACACACACACACACACACACACACACACACGCUUGUGCACCAGUGCUGGGAUUGCUUGACCAGUCUGUGUGUGUGAGCCUAGGUGUGUUUGCAGUGCUACAGAAUCUGUCUGAAAGCUUCUGUCAGACACUGGCAUCUGACCAAUCGCAGAGUCCAUGUUCGGACCAAUCACAAAGGGCGCUUUCAUCACAAGACCUGUCGGGUGGAAUUAUGCAUGAAGGAGGAGUGCUUCCCAUUGGAGGAGUAUUUGAGUUCUUGCUACAUUACUUUUCAUUGAACGAACGUAACUCUAGUAACCCAGAGAGCUUCAGGCUGCUGGCAGAGGCCUUGUUGUGUUCGCCUAGAACUUUGUAUGCUUCUAAUCACAGGUGGUUUCUGAAUAUCCAGACACGUUUCUUGGAUGAUCUUAAGCAGUGGGAAAAGUCCAAAGAGCGAGAGUCAGAAAUACCUGAGUUGAAGUUUGGGUUCGGGUUCAGUUAGAGUUCUGCAUCGGGUCUUGAGUCGGUCAGCGGAAAGAAGCAACUGCUUGUUUCUGUGUUGCAGUGUUUGCACAGACUCUAAUGUGUAGGGCCUAUUUUACACACAUGCUCUCCAUUAUGCACUGGCCCUCAAACACACUCUGAGGAGGAGGAAGAGAAGCCGGAGCGUUCAAACUCCACUCAGUCAACAGAUGCAUAAGUCUAUAAUAUUCAGCCAUCUGCUACAUGUUUAC